CUGGCGCGUUGGACAGGGUCCACCUGGUCUGCGGACCGUUCUUCUACGCUAUUCCUUUCCAUGACCGCUACUCCAUCCUUCCACAUGUGUUUUUAUUUUAUUUUUUUUUCCCUCUUCUCUCACACCUCUUUCUUUUUCUUCCCCCUGCCUUUAUUUUUUUUUACACCCACCACAUCCUCUCGUCGAGUCAGCAAUACUACACCAGAACAUACUGAAAUUUCACAGCUUUUUAUUUUGCUGAAGAUGGUCCACACAUUCUGUCUUAAUCGUUCUAUCUCAGUAAAUAUUGAGACAAUAGAAGAUACAGUACCACCCAUAGUAUCGUUCCCCCCCCUCUCUUCUCGAAAUGGUGGAUCGACCAAUUACCCUUCCCAAACCGUCUGGUACUACUACUAGUAUUCAUUUGCCCGACGACGGAGCCUGGGUUCCAUGGUGAUUCUAGCACCCACGACAAAUUAAUUGCCCGCGUGGUGAUUAUCUCCAGCAGAACCAAUGAUAGUAUCCAUCAUGGAGACU